AUGCCGACGAAUUCGUCAUAUCCAGACAUCCAGAUUCCUCAGGCUGACCUGUGGGGUUUGAUGUUUGAACAGCCGCGGGACUUUCCUGAUACGCAGGUCAUAUACCGAUCUGUCGAUAGCUCUCGUCAAUAUACAUGGGCGGACGUCAAAGAGGCGGCCACCGCGUUCGGAGGCGGUCUCCGUAACCUUUGGGACUGGCAGAAGGGUGAUGUUCUGAAUAUCUAUGCCCCCAACGAUGUCGACUUUGCGGCCGUUGUCUACGGCGUUUUCUACGCGGGAGGCAUAGUGUCCCCCGCCAACCCGGCGUAUUCGGUCGAUGAAUUAUCCUUUCAGUUGACCAAUUCGGAGUCGAGGGCCAUCGUUACAACCAUCGAUUUCCUACAGACGGCGCUAAGAGCAGCAAAGAAAUCCGGUAUCCCCCAGGACCGUGUCAUCUUGCUUGGUCAGGGACGGGACCCUAGCCAUAGGUGCAAGCACUGGACAAACAUCCGGAAGACUAGCGGCUCGUCAAGAUACAGAAGACGCAAGAUGGAUCCGGACAAGGAUCUCGCUUUCCUGGUUUACAGCUCGGGAACAACUGGAUUGCCGAAAGGAGUCAUGCUCAGCCACCGAAAUGUUAUCGCCGACUUGUUGAUGAUCAAAUCUUCCAUGGGAAAGUGGUACUCGAGUGGUCAAGAUAAGAUCCUCGGAGUUUUGCCCUUUUACCAUAUCUAUGGGUUGACAGGCCUCGUCCAGCAGCCCCUUCAUCGAGGAAUUGAGCUAGUGGUGAUGCCUGCGUUCAACCUGGAAGUAUUCCUAAAAGCCAUUCAGGACCACAAAAUCACAUUUAUUUACGUCGCUCCACCCGUGAUCGUACGGCUCGCGCGGGACAAGCUUGUUGAGCAGUACGAUCUCAGCAGUGUGAGAAUGAUCACCAGUGGUGCAGCGCCACUCACCAAAGAGUUGGUCGACGCGGUCCACAAGAGGUUAAACAUCAAGAUCAACCAAGCAUAUGGCCUAAGUGAAACCAGCCCAAUGACCCAUACACAGCCCUGGGAUGAAUGGUACACUUCCGUGGGGAGCGUCGGCAAAAUGUUCCCCAGCAUGAAAGCGAAGUAUAUAUCAGCCGAUGGCGAAGAACUUGGGCCUGGCCAGACUGGAGAAUUGUGGUUGUCUGGACCCAACAUCUUCAAAGGGUACUGGAAGAAUGAAGCAGCGACCAAUGAUGCCAUAACGUCGGAUGGCUUUUUCAAGACAGGGGACGUCGGCUUCCAGGACAAAAACGGCAACUUUUACAUUACCGACCGCGUCAAGGAACUGAUCAAAUACAAGGGAUUCCAGGUUGCUCCGGCCGAACUAGAAGGAAAAUUGAUGGACCAUCCUGCUAUCAAUGAUGUCGCCGUGAUUGGAGUUAAUGAUGACCACCAACACACCGAAGUGCCUCGAGCUUACGUGGUGGCUGCUGCGGGAAAGACGAGCGAGAAAGAUGCAGCGGAAAUAGUCAAGUGGUUGGACGGAAAGGUGGCCAACCACAAGAGACUGCGAGGGGGCGUGAGGUUCAUUGACGAGAUUCCCAAGAGUGCAGCUGGCAAGAUCUUACGGCGGGUGCUGAAGGAGAAAGCUAGACAGGAGAAUUCGAAGCCCAAAGCGAAGUUGUAG